CCGUAAAGAGCGAAGAAGGAGCGCUACACUACGCAGACGUGCAGACACUGGCAAAAGUCGUUACAGGUCAAGUGGAGAAAGGAUCAAUUUCACAGACACACAGAAAAUGUCUAGAUUCAAAAGACUGGAUGACGUUGUCUCUCUGGCGGGUUUCGAGACGGAAAAGACAGAAGUAACUAUUUCUUACGGUCUGUUAAAGACAGCCAGGAAAAGCGGCCACCUCAACUUGUCUGGCAAAGGAUUAACUGAAGUCCCUCAGAAUGUAUAUCGUCUAAACAUUGAGACACCAGAAGAUGCCCUUCAGAAUGUGUCCUUCGGAGCGUCAGAUCGUUGGUGGGAAGUGACCGACCUCAUAACACUGAUACUGUCUUCAAAUCAGCUUACACAAUUGUCCGAUGACAUCAGACUACUGCCUGGACUGAUUAAACUGGAUCUCCAUGAUAACCAGCUGAGAAGUUUACCCAGUGCUUUGGGAGAACUGCAAGAGCUCCGGGAAUUGCAGCUCAGUCAUAAUCAACUGUCAUCAUUGCCAGUGGAGAUCUGUACCCUGAAGAAUCUCCAUAGGCUCACACUACAGCAGAAUUUGCUGGAGAGUCUGCCAAAUGAAAUGGGACAACUGGAAAACUUGAGUGAGCUGGAUCUGUCCAACAACUGCCUGAAGAUCUUGCCCGCCAGCAUAGGCUGUCUCAAAAGUCUGCAGAAAGUGAGCCUCUGUCAUAACAAGCUUAGCUGUCUGCCAGACAGUCUAACACAGCUCACAAAUGUAAAGCUGUUGGACUGCAGCAAUAAUCAACUGAGUGACAUUCCUGCCAGCAUAUCAAAGCUGUUGGCUCUGGAACAGCUUUACCUUAGACACAACAAUCUCCGCAGACUCCCACAGCUCCAUGCACCCGCACUCAAGGAGUUGUAUGUUGGGAACAACCAAAUUGAGCAGCUGGAGGCAAAACAGCUGGCCAGCCUACCAUCCAUAAUUCUCCUUGAACUCAGAGACAACAAGAUUAAAGUCCUCCCUGAAGAGAUUACUUUACUGAGCAUGCUUACACGCCUCGACCUCAGCAACAAUGACAUUACCUCUAUUCCAGUGUCUCUCAGUCUGCUACCCAAUCUGAAGGUGUUGCAGCUGGAAGGAAACCCUUUGCGUGGAUUCAGGAGAGACCUUCUCACGAAAGGAACAAAUGAACUUCUGAAAUAUUUAAGAGGAAGAAUUCAAGAGGGACCUGAGAGAGCAGAUGGAGGACGGUCGGCUAUGACGUUACCAAGUCAGUCUAUGAUCAAUGUACAUAACAUUAAAGCUUUCAAGGAACUGGUUUACAGUGAGAAGCAGGCUGUUAGUAUUCAAGAUGAGGUGUAUGAUGCUGCAGUAGGCCAUGAUAUUGUCACUGUUAACUUCAGCAAGAACCAACUGACAUGUGUACCUCCAAGGCUUGUGGAGUUCCACCGCUCGAUAACGGAUAUCAAUCUAAGUUUCAACAAACUGCAGUCCUGCUCCCCUGACAUCUGCAAGUUACUGCAGUUGACACACAUUGAUCUCAGGAAUAACCAGCUGGGCGAUUUACCAUCUGAAAUGAUGAACCUCACUAAACUGUCCACUAUAAUCCUCAGUUUCAACAGGUUCAAAUCCUUUCCCGAAGUUCUCUAUAAGAUCCUUUCGCUGGAGACUGUGUUGCUGGAUAAUAACCAGGUCUGUAGCAUGGAGCCUAGGCUUUUGAUUAAACUGGUUAAUCUGUCAACGCUGGAUCUGUCGAACAAUGACCUGAUGAACAUCUCUCCUGAAGUGGGCCUGUGUACCAGUCUCAGUCCACCCAUACGUGCACUGCAUGCACUGUCUGUAAUGCUGAAUGUCUCUGCUCCUGUUUACAAUGAGAAUUUCCCCACUGCGGGAUGAAUAAAUGCAUAUCUUAUCUUAAUGAAGUCAUCCAGAGACAUUUCUGGGUGUGGUGAGUACAAACUCAAAACAAAUUCUGUCUUUUAGAUGUUGUAAAUGCUUUAUCAAAUAAAUGAAAAUACGUGUCAUUUGUACAUGCCUGUGGGUUGCGAAAGUAAGUAGUUCUACUUCAGUUAAGAGAUUUUGGUGUGUUGCCUCACAUGAAAUGUCUGUUUCAGGUCCUUCCACAAUAUUUCUGUUGGAUUAAGGUCAGGACUUUGAAUUGGCCAUUCCAAAACACUGAUUUUCUGCUUAGCCAUGCUGUCAUAGAACAACUUGUGUGUGAGGUUCGACUCAUGGCAAGAUGUCCUGAUAUUUUCUUAUACAGUGGUCCAUAAAGGGAUGGCGUAUGGGUCAUCCCGACCCAUAUGUAGCAAAACAUGUCCCACCAAAGACAUUACCACCCUGGUAUUUCAUCGACGAAUUGAGGUUCUGAUGCUGGAGUAGAGUAUUGCUUCGUCUCCAAAACAUGAGCCUCUCAUUUUAUUUUUUGGCGUACCCACAUAAUGUUAAACAAACUGCAGGCUGGCAGAAAUAUUCUUUUUAGAGAGCAGUGUCUGUGUCCUUAUAUAUCUGCCAUGCACACCAUAGUAUUUUCAAUGUGAGAGAGGCCUUAAGUUGCUUAGAUGUUACCAUGAGUUCCUUUGUGACCUCUCAGAUUAUUGUGUGUCUUGCUUCUGGAAUGGAGUUGUUGGUUGACCACUACUGUCAGCAGUUGUCUUUAUUCUCCUCCCUUUCUUCACAAACUGCCUGACUCUUGAGAUAUUUUUUAACCUUUUCCACCCUGGUGAGAAACAACAACUCUUGUUUGUCAUCAUACACUUACACAAACAUGUGUUGUUU